CGAGCGCUGGGCAGAGAGAGAAAGUCUGAGAGACAGAAAAAAAAAUAAAAAUAAAAAGAGGCAGAGAAAGACCAAACCUAGAGAAAAUAAAUUACAUCCAGGUUAGGAGAGGCUCAGCUUUGCAGGUACCAUGAGAGGCCUCCUUCCCUGUGCCAUCCUGGCAGUCCUCGUGCUGGUGCACAGCUCCUGGGCAGUCUAUGUGCAGGAUGGAGACUUAAAAUUCCCCCUGGAAUCUGUGAAGAAGCUGAAGGAGCUCAUGAAUGGGAACAGGCCUGUCAGCCCUCGCUUGGUGGUGCCUGUGACCGGUCAGGCUGUGUGCCACGAGAAAUCCCUCCCUGCAGAAUUCCAGCCCGUGUGCAAGAGGGAAGACGCCCACGAGAUUUUCCAGAGGCUGAGCCUGGCUGCCGAGGAUGACCUGUGUGAGAUCUGCGCCAAUGCUGCCUGUGCCGGCUGCUUUUGAGUGAGGAACCACCCCCAAGAAGAGGUGUCCAGCUGGGAAGUUCGUUCAUUCCUGUGGCCAGAUCACAUCCUUUCACCAAUCAAUACCUCUCCCACCACAG